AUGUACUACGCUUCGGACUAUGCCGUUGGAGCUGUUUUGGGGCAGUGUAUAGACAAACUCCCCCAUGUCAUCUAUUAUGUGAGUCGAACUCUUAACAACGCUCAACUUAACUAUUCUACCACUGGGAAGGAGUUGCUGGCAGUCUUGUUUGCUUUGGAUAAGUUUCGAUCCUACUUGCUGGGUUCUAAAGUCAUUGUUUACUCGGAUCAUGCAGCCUUGAGGUAUCUUUUCGCCAAAAAAGAUGCCAAAUCUCGUCUCAUCCGGUGGAUACUACUACUGCAUGAGUUUGACAUCGAAAUUCAGGAUAAGAAGGGUUCUAAAAAUGUGGUAGCUGAUCAUCUGUCUAGAUUGAUUGUGGAUUUUACUGAAGAGGCCACCUCCAUCUUUGAAACCUUCCCUGAUGAGCAAUUGAUGCACAUUGCUCAUACUCCUUCACCAUGGUUUGCUGAUAUAAAGUUAGGGAGUAUUUCUAGAAAGAAUAUGAUGCCCCUCAACCCCAUUCUGAUUGUUGAGAUUUUUGAUGUGCGGGGCAUCGAUUUUAUGGGACUGUUCCCAAACUCCUUUGGCUAUCUUUAUAUCCUUGUUGCUGUGGAUUAUGUGUACAAAUGGGUGGAAGCUGUUGCUUGUAAGACCAAUGACCACAUAGUAGUGGUUCAGUUUUUGAAGGAUAAUAUCUUUGCUUGUUUUGGUACUCCCCGAGCAAUCAUAAGUGAUGGUGGUAAGCAUUUCUGCAACAGGAUCUUUGAGCAGUUGAUGAAGAAAUAUUUCAUCACACACAAGGUUGCAAGCCCAUAUCAUCCUCAAACCAGUGGACAAGUGGAGGUAUCUAAUAAGGAGAUCAAAAGAAUUUUGGAGAAGACGGUAAAUCCUUCACGGAAAGAUUGGUCUUUGCGCUUGAAUGAUGCACUGUGGGCGUACUGCACAGCCUUCAAGACCUCAAUCACAUGUCCCCAUAUCGGCUUAUCUAUGGCAAGGCUUGUCAUCUUCUGGUGGAGCUGA